AUGGUUUCAGGCGGCGAUGACAAGAACACACCUGCGGUAGUCUCUCUGGUCGCCGGCGGCAUAGCUGGCGGUGUGGAAGGCUUUCUUUCGUAUCCUCUAGAGUUUGCGAAAACGCGUGUGCAGUUAAGAGCUGAGAAGGGCGUGCCGACGCCGCGAAAUCCCUUCCUAGUCGUGACCCAAGUCUAUCAGAAUGAAGGCAUUAGAGCGCUAUACAAAGGCUGCGGAGCGCUGGUCUUUGGCUCAGUAGGCAAAGACGCCGUCCGCUUUCUUUUCUUCGACCAGAUCAAAUCAUCUUUUGCCGACCCAGAGACGGGCACGCUCUCCCCUCUGCGCAAUUUGUUGGCCGGCAUGACUGCGGGAGUAAUCGCGUCGAUCACCGCAGUUACACCCACAGAGCGCAUCAAGACUGCCCUCAUCGACGAUGCCAGGAACGAAAGGCGCUUUCGGUCCGGUUUCCACGCUACCACCACCAUUUGGAAGGAACACGGUAUCCUCGGUUUAUACCGCGGGUUCGCAGGCACUACCCUGAAACAAGCAUCAGCAACGGCGUUCAGAAUGGGGACCUACAACAUCCUCAAGGAUUAUGAGAAGGCCAAGAAUAUCGAACAAAAUACGCUGGUGAACUUCGCGAACGGAUCAGUAGCAGGCGUUGUGACAACGCUUGCAACGCAGCCUUUUGACGUUAUUAAGACGCGUUCACAGAGUGCGAAAGGCACGAGUACUGCUGAGGCUGUAAAGAGUGUUUUGUUGGAUUACGGGAUCAAGGGUUUUUGGAAAGGCACGACGAUGAGGUUGGGUCGCACGGUGUUUAGUGGAGGUAUUCUAUUCACAAGCUACGAGGCUGCUGUGAAGAUCAUCCUGCCGUUAUAUCCUGGCACAAAGCAGGCUGAGUAA